AGUCUGGCAGGAUCCUUUAACCAGGCUCCCUUGUUUGUAUACUCGUUUGCUUUCCGAGACUUCAGGUGGUAUGAAAGUUCACUUCCUGUUUGAGCAACUGCUGGGCAACUCUGAUAAAUUGUACAGCUCCGUUGUCUGUGUUCCAGUCGGCUGUCUUCUGAAAGCAUGGCUUUCCCUGCGGGAUUUGGUUGGGGGGCAGCCACCUCAGCUUAUCAAGUGGAAGGAGGCUGGGAUGCAGAUGGAAAAGGCCCUAGUGUCUGGGACACAUUCACCCAUCAGGGAAGAGAGAGAGUUUUCAAGAACCAGACUGGCGAUGUAGCUUGUGGCAGCUACACUCUGUGGGAGGAAGAUUUGAAAUGUAUCAAACAGCUUGGAUUGACUCAUUACCGCUUCUCUCUUUCCUGGUCACGCCUGUUACCUGAUGGGACGACAGGUUUCAUCAACCAGAAAGGAAUUGACUAUUACAACAAGAUCAUUGAUGAUUUGUUAACAAAUGGGGUUACACCCAUCGUGACCCUCUACCACUUUGAUUUGCCUCAGGCCUUAGAAGACCAAGGAGGUUGGUUGUCAGAGGCCAUCAUUGACUCCUUCGACAAAUACGCCUGGUUUUGCUUCAGUACGUUUGGGGAUCGAGUCAAGCACUGGAUCACCAUAAACGAGCCAAAUAUGUUGGCCCUGGUGGCGUAUGAAUUGGGUGCAUUUCCUCCUGGUGUCCCUCAGGUUGGAACUAAAGUUUAUCAGGCAGCUCAUAAUUUGAUUAAAGCUCAUGCCAGAUCCUGGCACAGCUAUGAUUCCUUAUUCCGAAAAGAGCAGAAGGGAAUGGUGUCUUUAUCAAUUUUUGCUGGCUGGGUGGAACCAGCAGAUCCGAACUCAGUGUCUGACCAGGAAGCUACUAAGAGAGCCAUUGCUUUCCAAUUGGAUUUCUUUGCUAAACCCAUAUUUAUUGAUGGCGAUUAUCCUGAAGUUGUCAAGUCCCAGGUUGCCCUCAUGAGUAAAAAGCAAGGCUAUCCAUCAUCAAGGCUUCCAGAAUUUACAGAAGAAGAGAAGAAAAUGAUCAGAGGCACUGCUGAUUUCUUUGCUGUGCAAUAUUAUACGACUCGUUUAGUUAAGUACCAGGAGAGCAAGAAAGGAGAACUGGGUUUUCUCCAGGAUGCAGAGGUCAAGGUAUUUCCAGACUCGUCUUGGAUAAAUUUGGACUGGGUCUACGUGGUGCCAUGGGGAAUACGUAAACUGCUGAAAUACAUUAAGGAAACGUAUAAUAACCCUGUAAUUUACAUCACUGAGAAUGGGUUUCCCCUGGAUGAGGCCCCAUCUUUCGAUGACACUCAGCGCUGGGAGUGUUUCAGACAGACAUUUCAGGAACUGCUCAAAGCUAUCCAACUUGAUAAAGUCAAUCUUCAAGUAUAUUGUGCAUGGUCUCUUCUGGAUAACUUUGAGUGGAACAAGGGGUACAGCAGCCGGUUUGGUCUCUUCCACGUGGAUUUUGAAGAUCCAGCUAGACCCCGAGUCCCUUACACAUCAGCCAAGGAGUAUGCUAAGAUCAUCCGAAACAAUGGUCUGGAGGGAGGUCAGUAGAAGAGAUGGCUGAGCAGUAUCACCUGGAGAAGAGGCUUCUGCUCUGCUCUCUGAAGGGAAAUCUGCUCUGGAGUUCCCCCAGACAACCUCAGGUUGCCUUGGGAAUCAAUACAUCCUACCAGAUGACCCAUGAUCACAAAGUCUGAAUAUGUGAUGCCUGAACUUUUAAUGACGGCUCUUACUCUAUUUGGAUUUUGAUCAAUGAGCCUUUAAAAAAAACAAAAUAGAAAUGCACCAAAAUUAAUUUUUAUAUUAAGAAAUCAAAUGGACUUGGAAACUUCAGUGUUAAUCCUUAGAAUUUUUCUGGAAAAAAUAAGGCAAAAUCAUAAAGACAGCACACUCACGAUUUGCAACUCUAACAGCAGACCACUUAUUAUAAGAAUACUUGUUUCUGAUCCUAUUUUUUCCAAUCACGUAAGCUGUUGUUUGCUUUAGUAGAUCCAUUGUCAUGUGGUCCCUAACUUCCUACAUUUAAUCUAGUAUAAAAAUCAAAAUUAGAAAUUAGUCAUGUUACAUAGUUAUAUAUUCUGUUCACCAAAGGGAUUAAUUGAUAACCUACCUAAUAAAAUGGAUUUGUUGAUGUAUUUGGCACAUAUUUCAUCUAUGCAUGAACAGUUACAUCUUUCUCUUGCCUGAUACACACUUUUGGAAAAUAACAAAUUAAUAAAAUAAAUGCGAUUGUGAAUGACGAAAAGUA